AGUUUUGUUAACGUAUCACUUGAGAUUGUGUUUGAGUGUGCAAUAACAAACAUAUAUUUGUAUGCAUACCAACCACCAACACCACCACCACCACUAUUCAAAGGAAUUCGUUGAAUUGAAUUGUGAAUUGUAAUGAUGAGAAAAAAGAGCCAGCCACGAAUGAAUGAAUGAAAAAAAGUAAAAAAAAAAUUUCUGGCCACACGGCUAUACAAUCUUCGUCGUCUGAAUCAUGCCAACUAAAACCAGUGUGUGUGUGUGUAGAAUGAUGAGCAUACACACAAUAUAAUAAUUUACACAAUUACGUGUGUGUGUUGGUUUUAGUUUUGUAUGGUUGACCAAAUUUUUUCACCUUUUUUUUGUUUGAUGCUCAGCUUUCUUCAGAUAUAUCGGGUGUAUAAUAUUGUUGUUGUUAUCGAUGAUAAACUAUUGAAAUUAUUGAAUGUAGGUGUGUCUGUCUCGGUCUAUGUGAUGUGUGUGUAUGUGUGUAUGUGGUUGAUGAUACCAAAUCAUAUGAACUUUAUGACUUGAUUGUUGUUUUUGUUGUUGGUGAUGAUGUUGAUGGUGGUUGGUCACAUUGGUCAAUAUCCAAAUUCAUUUUGAAUGACUAAAGUUCAUUCGUUUUUGUGUUGCUUUGUUGGUGGUCUUUUUUCUUUCUCGCGUUUUUUUUGUUGUUGUUGUGUCCACACACACACACAAUAAUAAUAUUCUAAAUAUUCCUCGAAUAUUGAAUUGUCGUUUGUUGAUCAAUUGAAUUGAAUGAAUGAAAAAAUGGCUGUACAUACAUCGGUUCCUGGAUCAGGAACUACUACUACCACCGGAUCAACAUCAUCAUCAACAUCAUCUGGACAAUUAAAACGUAAAGAAAUCUAUAAAUAUGUUGCACCAUGGACAAUAUAUGCGAUGAGCUGGUCGGUACGACAUGAUAAACGUUUUCGUUUAGCAAUCGGUUCUUAUAUUGAAGAAUAUAAUAACAAAGUCCAAAUCGUAACACUUGAUGAAAGUUCAUCCGAAUUUAUGGCCAAAACUACUUUUGAUCAUCCAUAUCCAACAACAAAAAUAAUGUGGAUUCCAGAUAUGAAAGCAAAUCUACCCGAUCUAUUGGCUACAAGUGGGGAUUAUCUUCGUAUCUGGAGAUUAAAUCAGGAUAAUGAAUCCACAAUGGAAUGUUUACUCAAUAAUAAUAAAAAUAGCGAUUUUUGUGCACCACUUACAUCCUUCGAUUGGAAUGAAGCUGAUCCAAAUCUAAUUGGAACAUCAAGUAUCGAUACUACAUGUACGAUUUGGGGUCUAGAAACCGGUCAAGCCAUUGGUCGUACAAAUGUUCUUUCCGGUCAGGUGAAAACACAAUUAAUUGCCCAUGAUAAAGAAGUAUAUGAUAUUGCAUUCAGUGGUGCUGGUGGUGGACGUGAUAUAUUUGCAUCGGUUGGUGCGGAUGGUUCGGUUCGUAUGUUCGAUCUUCGUCAUCUUGAACAUUCAACCAUUAUUUAUGAAGAUCCACAACAUUUACCAUUAUUGCGAUUAGCAUGGAGUAAACAAAAUUCCUAUCUAUUGGCUACAUUUGCAUUAGAUUCUAACGAAGUAAUCAUUAUCGAUAUACGUGCACCUUGUACACCGACAGCACGUUUGAAAAAUCAUCGUGGUUUUAUCGAUGGUAUUUCAUGGGCACCACAUUCAGCCAGUCAUAUUUGUACUGCUGGCGAUGAUCAUCAAGCUUUGAUAUGGGAUCUACAACAAUUACCACGUACAAUUGAAGAUCCAAUAUUAGCCUAUCAGGCUGAUGGUGAAAUCAAUCAGAUACAAUGGUCAUUAGCACAACCGGAUUGGAUUGCAAUCUGUUAUAAUAAUUGUCUCGAAAUUCUUCGUGUAUGAAAAUAACGAUAACAAUAGCAAGAAAAAAAGACAGUUUUUUUGUAAAUAGACGACCAUACAUGAUAUGAUGA